AUGUGGGCAUUUAUAUUCUUUUUGGUGGCGACGAAAAAUUUGAUAGAGUUAGAUCUAUUCUGGGCGUAAUUUCUUCGAUAAAUCGAUCAUAUUCCAGCCAUCACUGCAGCAAAAGCCUUUGCAGCUUAUGUCGUGUCAAUCGACUUUCACUGGCAUGAUAUCGUCCACCUCUUGUCUAAGAAUCAGAAAAGACUGCCUUCCGUUUUUCGAAACGGUUACAGUGGUUGGACUCACAAAAGUCAUUUGUAGCAUACUAAACAUAAUGCUAGUCUUCAUGUUGACCAGGAUUAUAGAGAAAAAACAUUUUUUUCAUGAGUAUAUGCUUUAGUAAUUAGUUGGUGAAUUUUAAGCUGUUGAAGUUUUGACACCAUUUCAGUAUACUUAUAUCUGAUGUAUUUAUGUAUCUAUGGAUAAAAUGUAUUUUAACAGUUGAUUGGUUUGGCUACAACUUAAGCAUUAUGCAAGUGAUUCUCAUUGUAGAGUGAUUCCAUGGAAAAACCACAUAGCUGCAUUGGCACAUCCCAACAGGUGUGUGAGUGAUCCGCGCUGGACCUGAUCUGGUGGGCGGUACACGUCCUAAGGUGCCGCAACAUGCCGAGAACCCGCCGCCGCGACUCGCCCGAGCGGCUCUAUGAAUCUCGCAGCCGGUCACGGUCCCGCUCGCGUCACCGGCACCGUCAGCCGGAGUCGUACCGUCACCGCGCCGAGCGGAGCCGCAGCCGGCGGCCGAGCCCGCCGCGCCGGCACCGGCUGCGCUCCUCGCGCCGGCAGCGCCGCUCGUCGUCGUCGCUGCGCCGCCGGCCGCACCGACGCCGCGAGCCGACCCGCUCGCCGUCCGUGGUGGACGACUCGGACGGCCACCUGGUGUACCGGGUCGGCGACCUGCUGCAGGGCCGCUACCGCAUCCUCAGCACGCUCGGCGAGGGCACGUUCGGAAAGGUGGUGCAGGUACGCGACUCGCAGAGGGACCGCGUCAGCGCGCUCAAGAUUAUCAAGAACAUUGACAAGUAUCGUGAAGCUGCCAAACUGGAGAUCAAUGUUCUGGAGAGGCUCGCCUAUAAGGGCUCGGCGGGCCGCCACCUCUGCGUCCAGAUGCUGGACUGGUUCGACUACCAUGGUCACAUGUGCAUCUCGUUUGAGAUGCUCGGUCUCAGCGUGUUUGAAUUUCUCAAGGAUAACAACUACCAGCCGUACCCGAUGCCGCAUGUGCGACACAUGGGCUACCAGCUGAUUCAAGCGGUUCGCUUUCUGCACGAGAACAAGCUGACACAUACUGACCUAAAGCCAGAGAAUAUCCUAUUCGUCAACUCUGACUAUGACAUAGAGUACGACUCGCGACGGAAACGCGACGUGCGCCGGGUAAAGAACCCCGAUAUCAAGCUGAUCGACUUCGGCAGUGCCACGUUCGACCACGAGCACCACUCGACGGUGGUCUCGACGCGCCACUACCGCGCCCCUGAGGUGAUCCUGGAGCUGGGCUGGGCGCAGCCGUGCGACGUCUGGAGCAUUGGCUGCAUCUUGAUCGAGCUGUACCUGGGCUACGCCCUGUUCCAGACGCACGACAACCGCGAGCACCUGGCCAUGAUGGAGCGCAUCCUGGGCCCGCUGCCAGCUCGCAUGGUUGAGCGCACCAAGACAAAGUACUUCUACCGCGGGAAGCUGGUCUGGAGCGAGAAGUCCUCGUCCGCCCGCUAUGUGCGCGACAACUGCCGACCGCUGCGCCGUUUCGCGCGCUCCGACGAGGCCGAGCACCGCGAGCUGCUGGACGUGGUGGAGGCCUCGCUGGAGUACGACCCGGCGCGGCGGCCCACGCUCGCCCAGCUCAUCCAGAUGCCGUUCUUUAGCUCUGUCGACCCGCCCGCGGCGCCGGUGGCGGAGAAGGAGCGCACGUACAGUCUGUCCCGGUAACGGCGGCGCGGCGCACACAGAACCGGCCCGGCUGGCCAGCGGUGUUCGGCGUUGACAUUGGUGUCCGGUCGGCUCCGGACCAGCAGUGUAGACACGCGAUCCUCGACCGGUGUUCGAGCUUGACAUGAUAUCGCUGGUGUGGAGCACUAGGUGUGAAUGGUGUUCCCUGUUUGGAAUCAAGUGCUGCUAACGUCUGUCUCGCGCCAUGCUCGACGCUAGAACCUUUGUGCGUAUUACGGGGAAUGAAUGAACUGUAGUUAGACGUAAAAAGGUUUAGAGGCGUCCGCGCUUUGAGUAAGUAAGACGUUCGGUGAUAGCAACUGUGGGAGAUCGUUGUUUCUGUAUUGUAUUUUCAAUGGUGUUCCGAUUCAUGUGACUAGAUAAGCCACUGCGAGUUGAGCUACACUUUCCCGGGCAAGGGUUCGCUCGGAGGCUCAUGAGUUCUUCAUUUCUGUCGUGGUGAGCGUAUAACUUAUUUGUCAUUGCUGCGCAGCGCUGCCGUGUGGUACUUACGUGAGGUUGUGACGUCACCGUCACAACUUACUGCCAGCCGUGGACCGCUGUCAUAACGCUCUGUUUGGCUUGAUUGCUCGACUCAUAUCACCCGCAUUCGGAUGGGGUCCGGCCUGGUGGGCAGCUCACCCCCCGAUCAUCGACAUUUUAUCGUUGACGCUCUCUGAGUCGACUAGAAGCGAGUUUCUCUUUCCUUGCGCUCGCACGCGUACGGUCAAUUGUGUAUGUGUAUGGUCAAAUAAAUUUUCUUGCGUAGGCAUACAA